AUCACUUCUUGACCAUAAAAACCAGCGAACAAAAACAAAACAAAGCCCAGAAGUGGGGAACCAACAAAAAAUCAAUAAUAAUUCAAUUUCGGUGGAUAAGAUUUCUUUAGGCCGCUCCCUUAACCCUUUCCCCACACGUUAAAAAUUUCCAACCACCAUAGUAUUGUUAUUAUUAUUAUUUUUUAAACUCUUCCUCGGCGAAGCUCGGAACUCAAAUUUCCAUGGAAUUAGCUUCAGCCGUCCACCAUGGCGGUGGUAUUCGAAUCUCUCUAAAUUUUGAUCUCAGGGUUGCUCCAAUCUCGCCUCCGGUUCAAUCUCCCAGAUGGACCACACUCCGGUUCUUUCAUCCUCGUCUCUCCACUUUCCAGUCAGUUUGCCAUAACCGUCGUGGAAUGUGUUUCCCAGUUGCUCGCUCCAGGGGAAUGGAGCAGGAGGAUGAUUUGUUAACAGAAGAGGAGAGGAUAGCUUCGUAUUCUUAUGCUGAUUCAAAGGAGAAACUUCUGGAAAAUAAAACUUAUGCAUCGUCUGUUAAAACUGUUGCUUUUUGGGCGUGCGCCGCAGUGGCUUUUGGAGUUGGUUUGGGAUUGAAGGAGGGAGUCGGCAAAGCAUCAGAAUAUUUUGCUGGGUACAUAUUGGAGCAAAGUUUGUCAGUAGACAAUUUGUUUGUUUUUGUUCUGAUUUUCAAGUACUUCAAAGUGCCGCAUAUGUAUCAGAAUCGGGUACUUUCAUAUGGUAUAGCUGGUGCAAUCAUCUUUCGUUUGUUGUUGAUACUACUUGGAACAGCCACCCUUCAGAGGUUUGAGGCGGUCAACCUACUACUGGCUGCUAUACUCCUAUUCUCGUCUUUCAAGCUAUUUGCCAACGAGGAAGAUGACACUGAUCUGUCUGAGAACUUCAUAGUGAAGACAUGCCAAAGAUUUAUCCCUGUCACAUCUAAUUAUGAUGGCAAUAGAUUUAUAACAAAACAGGAUGGCAUUUGGAAAGCCACUCCUUUGCUUCUCACGGUAGCAGUUAUUGAGCUCAGUGAUGUAGCAUUUGCUGUUGACUCAAUACCGGCUGUUUUUGGUGUUACACGGGAUCCUUUCAUAGUUUUUUCAUCUAAUCUCUUCGCUGUGUUAGGUUUAAGGUCACUCUACACACUCAUUGCUGAGGGUAUGUCAGAUUUGGAAUACCUACAGCCUUCCAUUGCAAUUGUUCUAGGUUUCGUUGGGUGCAAAAUGAUUCUGGAUUUCUUUGGAUUUCAUAUAUCUACAGAGGCGUCACUUGGUUUUGUAGCGAUAAGUCUUAGUGCUGGAGUGAUGUUGAGUUUAGCAAAGAAGGGCUGACUAGCUGAAAUCAGGUUAAGUGCAAGAGCAGAUUAAAAAAGCUGUUUCGAGUCAGAAUCUGCUUCUUUGAAACUCUUAGUGAAUGAUCCUUUUAGACCUUCUUGCUGGGAAGUUGAUGCCCUAAUUCAAAGCAUCAGGUUAUCAAGAACCGCCAAUCUUCUUUCAGGUUCUGUCAUUUUCAUCAUGAAGGAAAUUGAAUGACUGAUUGUUUCCUGUAAGGCCAAACUACAGUUAUGCCCCAUGUGACUUUGAUUCUCAUUAAUUUUGGUUUUUUGUUGUUGAAUGUCUCAAAAAGAAUAAAAGUAGAUUAUUUUUCUGUGUUUCAUAGUCUAUUAACAUCUGUAAGUUUGUAUUUUACCAAGAUUUGCAUUGUUAAUUGUGGUUAAUGGAAUGGGGAAAUGAAAGAACGAUUCUAUCCUGUUUUCUCUCUCAUCUUCUUCUCCCUUUUCCUUUCCUUCUCACAUUUUUUCCUAUAUGUGGCGAUUUGUGGGGUUAGAUCUGAACCAGAAUUUCUUGGUAAAUUGUUUUGAAUCAGUUUUCAUAAAAGUUUGGUUGUGUGAGUUUGUUGAGCAAGCAUGGAGUUGGGGACAACAUAUGUACUGUUUAUACUUUAUAUGUUCGAUUUGCCAGUAAUGGAUUUG